AUGAAUCAACAACCGAAUACAUCCGAUGCCGACGUCACGAAAGUGACAAUAAAAUCCGCCGUUGAUGAUGAGACCUAUGAGGCUCUGAAGUGUGAUUUUGACGAGGUUCUGCGAGAAUUGGAAGGAAAUAAAAAUUUGGAGAAAUUCAAGGAAGGGUAUGAAAAGUUAAUGAGGGCAUUUUCCAAAUCUCAUGAUAAUGAGAAACUGUUAAUGCGAAAGUGUAGGGAGCUGAAAUCAGAAAUUAUUUCAAGUUCUGCGAAGGUUAAACAGGCCGAAAAUAUUUCUAGUGAUGAUCCAAGUAACGUCGCGAAUCUUAAACGGGAAAUCGAGCAGGCAUGGAAGAUGGUCGACGCUGCUGCUGACCGAGAAUCUAAAGCUCAUGCAACAAUUAAAGAUCUCAAGGAAGAAAUAGCAAACUUAAGCAAGUUACUAGAACGCAGUGACGCCGAAGCAGCCGGAUCAGAAAGUUUAGUUGAGUUACAAAGGCAAAAAGAGAAAUUACUUAAAGAACGUGAUGAACAAAUUUUCGACAAUCAGAAAUUAAGAGAACAAAUUGAAGAAACUAGGAAUCGUGUCGCAGUUUAUCAAAAUGAAUUGUUGGAAGCACAAAAUAAAAUCACAGAAUUAACUGUAGACCUCCAGAAUAAAAAUCUUGAAGCACAAAGAGAAUUACGUAAAAAAGAACGAAUGGAAAAAGAUUUGAAACAGGUACGUAGUGAAGUUGAAUCAAAAAUGGAAGAGAUCAGUUCUACGUCAGCAUCUGUUGAGAAAUUGAAACAAGAACUACGCACAAAAGAUGAAGAAAAUCGUGCAACAAAAGUUUCUUUAGAGCAAGCCAAUCGUCAUUUACAAAUAACUGAAGGCAAAUUAAAAGAUUGUCAAGCAAAACUUGAACAACAGAUUGAAGUUAAUGAAUCUAUCACAGCUCAAAUACACUCAAAAACAACUGAAGUGAAGCAACGUGAAGAUGAAUUACAACGUGCAAAAAUAGAUUAUAAUCGUUUAUUAAAACAAAAUGAAUUAAUUACUAAAAAAUCUAAUCAAAUUGAUGAAGAAAAAUUAAAUUUAGAAUAUAAAUGUGAACAAUUACGUAAUGAAAUAAAUUCAUAUGAAAAUGAAAUUCAAUUAAUAAAUAAAACUAAUGAAUUAAAUAAAAAAGCAUGUGAUGAACUUAAUCAUGAAAAAGAAAUAAUCAAUAAAACUUUAUUAAAAACAACAACACAAACAAUAAAACAAACAAAUUUAAUUAAAUUACAUGAAUUAUCUAAACAUAAUUUAGAACAAGAAAUAAUGAAUUAUCGUGAUGAAGCAUUAAAACAACGUAAAAUAAUAUAUAAAUUAGAACGUGAACGUGAUCAUUAUAUAAUAGAUGCAUCAGAAUUAACUAAAAAAAUUUUAAUUAAUAUGGAUGAAUUAAAAUUACGUGAAAUGCAAAUAUUUGAAAAUAAAAAAAAAAUUGCUGAAUAUGAAACAAAAUUAAAACAACAACAAAAUUUAUAUGAAGCUAUACGUAAUGAUCGUAAUUUAUAUAAUAAAAAUUUAAUUAAUACACAAAAUGAAUUAAUUGAAUUAAAAAAACAAUUAAAAUUAUUAACACAACAAAUUACACAAUUAAAAAAUGAUAUAACAAUACGUGAUAUAAAUUUAAUUAAAGAAAAAACGGAAAAAAAUAAAAUUGAAAAAAUUAAUGAACAAUUAUUAAAUAAUAUAAAUCAAUUAAAAUUACAAAUUAAUGAAAAUAAUCAAUAUAUUGAAUUACAAAAAAAUGAAGAAAAUAAAUUAAUCAAAUUAAUUAAUAAUAUAAAUAAUGAACGUUCAAAAGAAAAAUUAAAUUAUAAUCAAUUAAUUAAUGAAAGAGAUUUAUUAGGUAGUCAAUUAAUACGUAGAAAUGACGAAUUAUUAUUAAUUUAUGAAAAAUUAAAUAUACAACAAUUAAUAUUAAAUAAAGGUGAAUUACAAUAUAAUAAAAGAAUAAAUGAUAUUAAUAUAUUAAAAAAAGAAAUAAAAAAAUUACGUUAUGAAAAAUCAAUAUUAAAUAUAACAAAUAAAAAAAUGAAUGAUUAUAAAAUAGAAAUAAAUAGAAUAGAAAAAAAUUUAUUAAAAGAAAAAAUUAAAGCUAAAGCAUUAGAAGAUGAAUUACAAAAUCCUAUAAAUGUUCAUAGAUGGAGAAAAUUAGAAGGAAGCGAUCCAUCUACCUAUGAAAUGAUACAGAAAAUUCAGGCAUUACAAAAACGUCUUAUUAGUAAAACUGAAGAAGUAGUUGAAAAAGAAUUACUUAUUCAAGAAAAAGAAAAAGUUUACAUUGAAUUAAAGCAUAUAUUAGCACGUCAACCAGGUCCAGAAGUUGCAGAACAAUUGAAUAUCUACCAAAAUAUGAUCAGAGAUAAAACAAAACAAAUGAAAGCAAUGACAGCUGAAAUGAAUGUUUAUGAAAGUCAAAUUACUGAAUAUAAAAUUGAAAUUGAACAUUUAAAUCGUGAAUUACAAAAUGUAAAGAAAACAUAUUUUAAACAAAAAAGACGUCAACAACAAAUAAAUACAUCAUCAUCAAAUGAUAAUGAUAAUAAUAAUAAUAAUAAUUGUACUAGUCAAGGAAAUAAAUUACAAAAAUAUCAACCACAUAUUAAUGAUUCACAAUCACGUUUCACUGGUGGUGGAUUUAAGUUAACACAUGUUGUUAGUUAAAUAAAGAAUUUAAAAAAUUUUGAAAAAUUUAGGAAAAACAAAAUGAAAUAUAAAACUGAAAAUCAAUAAAUUAUAAUUUAAACCAGUAACAGGAGAGAGAGAGAGAAAGAAAGAAAAUGAAACAAAUCAAGCAGACAAACAGUAAGCAACAGUACUCAAAUAUAAUAUCAAAGAUUGUAAUAUCUUUUAUUUGUAUAUUUAUCUGUAUAGAUUUAAAUAUUUGGUUGACAAGGAGAAUUAGAUUUGAAUAAGAAUUAGGAUUAAU